AUGUCCAACAUUCAGUCAACUUAAUAGAGUUAAUAGCCUUCAGAGCUUUAGAAAAAUAUCAACGAAACAGAGCUAGAAAGAGACAGAGCUCUAAUUGAUCUCUCGAGGAAACAAAAUAUUUAAGACACUCAACCUGAUUUAUCAAGAGAGAAAACCCUUUCAAAUCUCGAAGGUCUUGACAAGUAGCGAUAAUUCAGAGAUAUUAGUCAAGGCACUUAAGAGACUUUUAAUUAAACUACGUUAGGGGUACCUCAACAUUAAACUUUGGAUUCUAAAGAGCAAGAUUUUAGACAAAGUGAGGAAUUCUAGCAUAUGAAUGCAGGAGAAAGGAAACUUUACGAAUAGUAAUUACAGUAGAAGCGUGAUGCAGCUUAUUAUGAUAUUAAAAGACAAGAAGCAGUAGAGAUUCCUAGAUAAGAAAAGCAUGAGGCCAGAAUGCUCUAGAAGAAAGAGGAAGAACUCAAUAGACUCAUGAGGUAAAAAGAGUAAUAAUCCAAAGAAAAGACUGGAGAGGUAUAGGUAGAGAAGGAUAAGGAACGUAUUGUUACUAUGGAUUAAGAUACAGAAGUGAAGCCUAUUAGGUUCAGUGAUCCCCUCUAAUAGAGGCUUGAGAAAAGAGAUCCAAAAGAGGACCGAUUGAAAGAAUCUAAUGCAGUCUCAUUAAAUGCAAACCUCCCUCAAUAGGAAUAGAAGAAUUUAAGCAAAGAGUUGCUUGAGAAAUAGUCAAAUGUAAAGCAAGGUGAAUUCGCUAGCAAUAAAAGAUUUGAGAACCUAGCAUGA